ACCAACCACAGGAGCAGUAGGCAGUAGUAAACUGUACAAGUGGUCGGGAAGACUUUCUAUUUUUACAAACUUCACAUAAACAAAACAUUUUGAAGAACGAACAUGGCGCUCACCGAUGCCGACGUACAGAAACAGAUCAAGCACAUGAUGGCCUUCAUUGAACAAGAGGCCAGUGAGAAAGUUGAGGAGAUUGAUGCUAAGGCAGAGGAAGAGUUCAACAUCGAGAAAGGGCGUCUGGUGCAGACACAGAGGGUGAAAAUAAUGGAGUACUAUGAGAAGAAGGAAAAGCACAUUGAACAACACAAGAAAAUCCAGAUGUCCAACCUGAUGAACCAAGCGAGGCUGAAGGUGCUGAAGGCCCGUGACGACAUGAUCACGGAUUUGGUGAAUGAGGCCCGUCAAAGACUUGCAGAGAUUGCCAAGGACCCUGCAAGGUACUCCACGUUGUUGGAGGGCCUGAUUCUUCAGGGAUUCUAUCAGCUGCUGGAACCUAAGGUCACCAUUCGCUGCCGACAGCAGGAUGUAGAAAUGGUUCAGGCUGCAGUUACGAAGAACAUCCCGAUCUACAGAGAAGCAGUGAAGAGCAACAUUGACGUCAGAAUUGACCAGGAACGUUUUCUUCCAUCAGAAAUAUGUGGAGGAGUAGAGGUAUACAAUGAUAAUGGGAAGAUCAAGGUUUCCAACACUUUGGAACGCAGGCUAGAACUUAUGGCACAUCAGAUGAUGCCUGAAAUCAGAGUGAAGUUGUUUGGUGCCAACCCCAACCGCAAGUUCACAGAUUAAUGGUGGAUUUGAAGGGAGAAGUGCGGACACAGAUGGAACAUUUAAGGUGACCACAGACUAUCAUCAUUGUGUGCAACAGUGUCCACAAUCACCUGCCAGUCAUCAGGGUCAAAGAAAAGCCUGAUUUACUUAAUGGGAUGCUAUGGAUGUGCUCGUAUAUCUUUUUAUUUUUGUACUAAUGGACUGAAUGAUAAUUCAACACUCGCACUUUUACUUACGUUUAAGUGUCCUCUAUUUUACCUCUCCACGGGUUGUCUAACGGACUGCUUUAAAUUGCAAUGGCAUUGUAAAUAUGUAUUCCUUCAGUUGUUUUGGUAACCUGUUGCUCUUUACUAAGUGAUUUUAGUAAUCAAAGCUGCAUGUUUAGGUCACCAAAGACACAUUUUACCCUCAUACUUAGUCUACAUUUUUUGUAGACUGCAGUCUAUAAUGAGUCUGAUUGUCUGGUAUGUUUGCCAAAAGUUUGACUGUGUGUGCAUGCGUGUGGAUAGAGAAGAGAUGUUUUACCAUUGUUCUGAAGCACUUAACAUACAAAAACCAAAGAAAAUAAAUGCGUGUGACGCAGAG